AGAAAGAACCGAGCUACGUACUUUUUUUGCUUACAACGACACAACUAAGGUAGAAGAAAUUCUUUCAAUGAUUACAGAAGAAGUUGAGAAAGUUGAAUUCUUGAGGAGAUACGUCAGCAAAUCAAGAGAGGGUUCCACAAAGAAACGUCGAAUAGAAGAGAGUCAGAAACCAUAUAUUGCCUCUGAUAGACAUUCUGUGAAACUGCCAUCCCAAAUCAUUAACAUCCUUAACAGUAGCGAAUUCGUACCUGAACCGCGCACAAAGUUUACAGCCGUUCUACAAAAUCUUGAAGUAGGCCAAAAUAUUACGCUGCUGAAUUUUGGCCAGGAGCCCAAGCACUUUGCACUGGGCUACCAGAGAAAGAAACUCUUUGUAACAAAUCAAAUAAUAGAUAUGUGGAGCCUGCUUUCAAAAGAUGAUGGAAACUCAAUUAAGCGUGUCCUAUUGGAACCCAUGGGUGUGGAAAAGUCGUAUCUCGCAUUUUUUCUUGCGGCGAAAGCCUACUCUAAAGGAUGGCUGAUGCUUUAUAUUUCAGACGCGGCAGAACUUAUUAAACCUUCAAUGGAAAUGGCAUCGAAAGAAAUUUGUAAGCGUUUUCUGGCAAUCAACAAAGACAUUCUAACCGCUAACGAGCUCAAAGGAUUGGUAGAAUUUGUUAGUGAAGAUGAUGUUUUUGUAACCUGUACCUCAUUAAUUUGGGACCUGCUCAAGCAAAAAGAUCGUAAAACUCUCUUAGUAGUUGAUGAGCAUGGUGUAUUGUUCAACCUUGAUCCUCCAGUGCCUGAUCGUCUUAUCAUCUUAAUAUCUUUGAAGUAUCUCAACUUUUGGGGAGAGAAAGCAGCAGGAUCGCGUGUGAUAUUUGCUGGUACUGCACAUGCCAAGUUCGAGAAAACUUACCUGAUUAAUGACAUGCAUAAUUGGUGGGUUGAAUAUGUUUGUUCUCUAACGGAAGAAGUUUUUGAUAAGCUGCUGGACCUUCAUCCUUUCCUGAAAAAACCAAGUAUUGCACCAAAAGUGAAAAGAAUUGUCAACUGUGUUCCGCGCAAAUUUAUAUAUUUUGCUGAAUACGUGAAAGACUCAUCUAGCAACUAUGUUCCCGAUGAAAGAAUUGAUAUAUUACUAGAAAGCUUCCAAAAUGAUUGA